AUGCUCAACUGGCUUACUUCACUUGUCUGGCUACUUGCCUGCUUAAGCCUUGUAUUAGCAGUGCCUGUCGACACGCCUGCCGGUAAUGUCACAUCUAUAGCAAGGCGCAAUACUGCGAGUUAUCCGUACUCCCUCCAGCUCAUCCUAAGUAAAUUCCCUGUUCGCCGAUACAACUGGUUCAUCUUCCAGGGACCCCAAGGAAUCGCAGUGGAUCCUUGCCUGGACCCUAAAGAUGAUCCAAACUUCGAGCGGGUCUACUUCGGAAGGGAACUCGCGGGCAAGGAGGACGACAUCGCCCAUCCGCCGUUUCCCCCUCUCAGUGUAUACGCUGACAUCGAGUAUUCCGAAGACUGCCAUUACAUUGGUAGCGGCGUCGACGCUGGUCAGUUUCGAUGCGGAGAUUACUACAUCAUCGAUUGUGCGAAAGACCCGCGCUACAACGAGGCAACCUUCAGAUGUCCGGAUGGUCGGGAAUAUCACCGCGGAUAUAACUGCGAGUUCUGA